AUGUCUGAUAACUACGGCAGCUAUCAAACGGAAAUUUAUGGCAAGGGCGCGCUGAUGGGCAUUUUGCCCGGCGUGACUACAGACCCCCGCCAGCUAGAAGAACAAGCUCGAGAGUCUCUCGGCAUCUGCUCGUUCAACUAUGUCGCCGGCGGAGCGGGCGAGAAAGCCACCAUGGACAGCAAUCGACUGGCCUUCCGGCAGUGGAAACUGAUUCCGCGCAUGAUGCGAAACACACCCGCGCAAGACGUCUCCGUCGAGCUCUUCGGCCAGAAAUACGAUAACCCCCUUAUCAUGGCCCCGGUCGGCGUGCAGGGCAUCUUCCACGAAGACAAAGAAACCGGCCUGGCCGAAGUAUGCGGUGAGGUCGGCGUUCCGUAUACAAUGAGCACGGCAAGCACGAGCUCAAUCGAGGACGUCGCGGCUGCCAACAAGGACGGCAAGCGCUGGUAUCAGCUCUACUGGCCGCGGGACAACAGUGUCACACUUUCGUUGCUGAAGCGCGCAAGAGAAAACGGGUUCUCGGUUCUCGUUGUUACGCUGGAUACGUGGUCGCUUGCUUGGCGGCCGGCGGACCUGGAUAAUGCUUAUGUACCUUUUAUCAAGGGGGUGGGAAAUCAGGUUGGGUUUAGUGAUCCUGUGUUCCGGGCGAAGUUUGAGAAAGAGACUGGAUCAAGUGUGGAGGACGAUGUGCUUGGUGCUUCGAGGGCAUGGAUCGGAGAUAUUUUUGCUGGGGCGCCGCAUUCAUGGGAAGAUUUGGCGUUUUUGAGGGAGAAUUGGGAGGGGCCAAUUGUUUUGAAGGGCAUUCAGCAUGUGGAGGAUGCGAGGUUGGCACUGAAAGCUGGCUGUGAUGGCAUUGUGGUGUCUAAUCAUGGUGGCCGACAAGUAGAUGGUGCGAUUGGUUCGUUGGAUGUGCUUCCGGAGAUCGUCGAUACAGUCGGAGACAAAAUGACAGUUCUUUUUGACUCUGGGGUUCGGACGGGCUCAGAUGUGAUCAAGGCAUUGUGUCUGGGAGCCAAGGCGGUCCUGGUUGGUCGGCCGGUAAUUUACGGGCUGAGUAUUCAGGGCCGAGAAGGGGCCAGACAAGUGCUCAAGGGACUUUUAGCGGAUUUGUGGCAAAACAUGGGCCUAUCGGGAAUCCGGACAGUUGAAGAUUGCAACCGAAGUCAGAUUCGCAAAGUGCAGUACGGAGGAGACGUGAAGGCAAUGAUGUAG